AUGUCUGUCUGGGGAGUGCUGCUCCUGCUCUGGGUCACCGCGGAGGCCAUCACGGGCUGCCCUGCCCCGUGCACCUGCAAGGCCCUGGAAAGCAUGGGGCUGUGGGUGGACUGCGCGGGCCGGGGGCUCACAGCCCUGCCCGCCAUACCUGUGCACACGCGGGUGCUCCUUCUGGCCAACAACAGCCUGCGCUCCGUGCCCCCGGGCGCCUUCGACCACCUGCCCGGGCUGCGCGGCCUGGAUGUGACACACAACCCCUGGCACUGCGACUGCAGCCUCACCUACCUGCGCCUCUGGCUGGAGGACCACGAGCCCGAGGCCCUGCACCUCGUCCGCUGCGCCAGCCCCGAGCGCGCCACCGCCACUCGGCGGCCCCUGGGCGAGCUGACGGGCUACGAGCUGGGCGGCUGCGGCUGGCGGCUGCGCACGUCCCCGGGCCACCCGGGGUUCUGGUGGGAUGUGGCCUUGGUGGCCGUGGCCAUACUGGGCCUGGCUCUCCUGGCUGGGCUGCUGGGCGUCACUGCGGAGCCGGAGCCCCGGGACUGAGUCGAGAAGCCCCAGGCCCAGCC